AUGCUGGGCUUCAUCACUAGGUCAACCCGCGGUAUGACAAGUCCCCUUGUCUUGAAGACUCUCUAUUCAUCAUUUGUGCGUCAACUCCUGGAGUAUGCUAGCCCAGUCUGGUCUCCCUACCAGCUGGGUCUUAUUGAAAAACUGGAAGCUGUGCAGAGGAAGUUCGUGAGAAUGGUGGGCGUUCGACAGGGGCUGCUCUAUAGGGAAGUCCCUGUUGCUGGACUGCAGGCUGAUCUUCUUCUCCCUGAUCUUCAAGCGAGGCGGUGCGUCGCGGAUGUUCUGUUCCUGACGGGACUGGUUAGUGGACAACUGGAUUGUCCGAUGCUCCUAUCACAAGUGGACUUCCGUAUUCCCUUGGCAAGGACUCGAUCUCGCGACUUGUUCAGUAGACGCCACUGCCAGCGUUCCUACGGUCUUCCACGGGUCCACUCGCCAGAAUGGACACAGUUACCCGGAGCAUCCACAGAGCGGACAGAAGAUUUUAGAAAACCUGGACCUCCAGAG